AUUUUUUUCUCUCCCCACUCUCUCUUUCCCUCACAAUAUUUUCUCUGUUCUCUCUCCCUCUCCCUCUCUCUCUCUGUCUGUCUGUUUCGGUUCUGGUUUUCAUCCUCUGUUUGACAGAGCUUGUAUAGAGAGAGAAAUUGCAAGCCUCUUUCUCUCUCUGUCUCCCUCUCUCUCUCUCUCUCUCUCUCUUUCCCUUUCUGCGGUUUCUUGAUUUUGUCUCUCUAAGAAUCAUGGCUAUGGACAGGAGCUCAAUGCAAUCGAAUCUUGUUCGCUUUCUGGAUUGCACCACCCCUCAAGUCCCUUCCCAGUUUUUAGCUAAGAAUGAGAUUGGGAGCCUCAAUAGGCUCUGGCAUCCACUGGAGAGAGAGGGGUUUGAAUACUUUACAUUGGGUGAUCUUUGGAGCUGUUAUGAUGAAUGGAGUGUUUAUGGCGCUGGAGUUCCAGUCAGAUUGGACACCGGGGAAACCAUAGUUCAGUAUUUCGUGCCUUAUUUGUCUGCCCUUCAAAUCUUCACAAGCAGUGCCUCUGCAAAUAGUCUAAGGGACGAAAGUGAUUCGUCCUGUGAGACGAGGGAUUCGUUUAGUGAUUCCUUCAGUGAUGAGAGCGAGAGCGAGAAGCUCUCGAGAUGGGACGGGUGUUCCUCCGAGGAGGGUAUGCCCGAGCAUGACAGCCUCUUGCAACUAAAUUAUAGAUUGGGGUACCAAUACUUCCAGUAUUUCGAGCGUUCUACCCCGUAUGGAAGAGUUCCUCUCAUGGACAAGAUUAAUGGCUUAGCUCAAAGGUACCCGGGAUUAAUGUCUCUAAGAAGUGUAGACCUUUCACCCGCUAGUUGGAUGGCAGUUGCUUGGUACCCGAUAUAUCACAUUCCCAUGGGAAAAACCAGUAAGGACUUGUCUACUUGCUUUCUCACAUUCCACACCCUCUCGUCGUCUUUUCAAGAUAUGGACCUCGAUGAUGACUUGAGCGGUCGUAUGAGGAAGCAGAAAGCGGGGGAAAGCGUUCCCCUCCCGCCUUUCGGCUUGGCCUCGUACAAGUUGCAAGGGGACGUGUGGAUUUCAGACAAAAACGGGAAGGACCAAGAGAGGCUGGUGUCGCUGCUUAGCGUUGCGGAUUCUUGGCUAAAGCAGUUGGGGGUCCAACACCAUGAUUUCAACCACUUCAUCGGGAUUCGCAGCUGAUGAAACCGCGGGCAAUGUUCUCUAGAGCACGCGAGAUGAAUGAACUAACCGGGGACAGAGAAUCUCCUUUUGCUAAUAUUCCUAGCGCGAAUUUUAACUGUUUUUUGUUUUUUUUUUUUUUUUUUGUUUUUUUUUUUUUGAAGACUUGUGUAUAUAGAGGGUUGAAUUUGUGUCCUGGAGAUUACAGUUUUAAUGUGAGAGAUAGAGAGUGAAGGGGAGAGAGAGAGGCCAAACCUCCAUGGAGGCUCUUUUAACUUUUUGGUGUAGUAGUGCACUAUGUUCAUGAGAUUGUUAGUGCUUUUGACCUCACAACUUUUUGUGAACAUCUAAUAUCAGCUUUCAGUCUGCACAUCUACUAAUUGAGGUGUAUAUUAACU